GCAUAGAUUGACUCCGUGUCCGAGAAUCCGAAUCAACAUGGAAAAGAAUCGCUAUCCCUUGCCGGUGACAUUGCUGUCCGGCUUUUUGGGCUCGGGUAAGACCACUCUGCUCAAGCACAUCCUGGAGAGCCGCGAUCCCAACCUGAAAGUGGCUGUCUUGGUCAACGACAUGGCCGAACUCAAUAUUGAUGCUGCCUUGGUGAAGAACGCUAAUGUGCUUCAGCAGCAGGAGAAGAUGAUUGAGAUGCACAACGGCUGCAUCUGCUGCACUUUGCGCGAAGAUCUGCUCCUGGAAUUGACCCGGCUGGCCUUGUCCAAUCACUUUGACGCCAUCCUCAUUGAAAGCACGGGCGUGAGUGAGCCGCAACAAGUGGCCGAGACGUUCACGUUCGACUUUGAGCAUGACCACGACCACGAUGGGGAACACGACCACGACCAUGAGAAAGAACAUCCAGGCCAAAAUGACCAGGAUCAAGAAGCCCUGUCUGACAAGAUCAAGGCCCAGACUGAGAAACGGCAGGACAUGUUGGAGGAGUUGGGCGAAGCCUUGGCGCAAGUGGGUCAGGUCAUCGGACACAAGCCUCACAGCCUGAAUGAUAUCACCCGAUUGGACACGUGUGUGACCGUGAUCGAUUGCCAAGCCUUCAGUGGCGACAUCACUUCGUGUACCACACUCUUGGAGCGUUAUCACGAAAAGGGGCGUGGAUGAGGAGGAUGAUCGUAACAUCGCUGAGCUCUUUAUCGAUCAAAUCGAAUUUGCCAACGUGGUAUUGUUGAACAAGACUGAUCUCGUGCAAGAGAAGAAAUCCAGGCCAUCCGACAGUUGGUUCACGUGCUCAAUCCCACGGCCAAGGUGGUCCUUACCCAACAUUCGAAAGUGCCUUGUGAAGCCAUCGUGAACACGGGUCUCUUCAAUAUGGACGUAGCUGCCCGUAGUGCGGAUGGCUCAAACCUUGCAAGAAGAGGUCAAACCCGAAACGGAAAGUACGGCAUCAGCAGCUUCGUUUAUCGGGCUCGAACGCCUUUUCAUCCGCGACGAAUCCAUCAGUUCCUGGAGAAGUUGUUCCUCUUGGAAUUGGUCACGUAUGACGAAGUGAUCGAAGAAGAAAAGGCCAUGAACGAGGUGAAUCCGAAGCUGCCACCGACGUGGCCAGCGAUAAACCCAUUGAGAAUGAAGAA